AAAGAAUGAAAAUGCAAAUCACAUAGUAAUUCGAAGCAGUACAACUGUCGUACAUAUAAAUAAUAGAUUAUUACAAUAAUUAAUAGAGGGUAAUUCCACAAAUGGCUUUUCCAUCUGCAACAACUAAUUGUAACUGAAACCACUUAAACCUCUUUUCUUUCAUUUUGAUUCAGACUUUUGGAUCUGAUGGUUUCGUUUUCUGCAUGUUUUUUCACUCUCCCUCGUAUCUUUGCCGAAUCAUCAGGCUUUGAGUCGUAAUCCAUCGGACAGCCUUUAAUUACACGUGACGUGAAAAGUCCAAGUCAAUACUUUCCGACAGGCCGUGCCACAUAAAUAAAUCAAUAAUCUGCUGAAGCUUUGGGGGAGAGUGGGCCGAGAGGAGGGGCGGUCACUUAUCUCCAUGUAUGUUCAUCCAACCCAUCGGAUAAGCUGAUGCUUGGAUAUUGUCAAAUCAAAAUAUUCGCCGUUUUUAGAUUUGUGCUUAUUUGUGAGCUAUCGAAGUCCCGUCUGCGGCCCGUGAACCUGAACGAUGAGUAGCGUGGAGAUUCCGGCCGGGUUGAAGGAGCUGCUGCAGGGCUACACGGUGGAGGUGCUUCGCCGCGAGCCGCCGGAUUUGGUUGAAUUUGCCGUGCAGCAUUUUACACGAAUUCUGGAGGGUCAAAAAAAGAACCGAGGAGCCAAGAAACGCAGCACCAGACCUGCCCGGAAAGGAGUGACCUUUGACACGGUGUCGAACAAGCCCAGUAAGGUUGAUGAUGAUGAGGAGGAGGAAGACACUAUUAAGUCCACCACCAGUAAAUAUAAUCGCAGAGUUUCAGUUUGUGCAGAGGCGUACAACCCCGAUGACGACGAGGACGAUGAUGCAGAGCUUCGGAUUGUGUAUCCGAAAACAGAUGUGCAGCGUCGCAGGCUUCAGGAUGCGUGCAGAGACAUUCUGUUGUUUAAAACCCUGGAGCAGGAGCAGUUCUCUGAGGUUUUGGACGGCAUGUUCGAGGUGUUGGUCAAACCUCAGGAGCACAUCAUAGACCAAGGAGCCGAUGGAGACAACUUCUACGUCAUAGAGAAAGGUGUGUACGACAUUCUUGUGCAGAAGGGCGGAGUGAGCGUGUGCGUUGGAAAGUACGACAAUAAGGGCAGCUUCGGUGAGCUGGCUCUCAUGUACAAUACGCCGCGAGCCGCCACAAUCAUCGCCACGCAGGAGGGCGCCCUGUGGGGCCUGGAUCGAGCCACUUUUCACAGACUGAUUGUUAGAAAUAACGCGAAGAAGAGGAGGACGUACGAAGCCUUCAUCGAGUGUGUUCCUCUUUUGAAGUCUCUUGAGCUCUCUGAGAGGAUGAAGAUUGUCGACGUUGUCGGAGCGCGAGUGUUCAAAGACGGAGAGCGCUUGAUAACGCAGGGGGAGGAGGCCGACUGCUUCUACGUCGUGGAAUCCGGAGAGGUGAAGAUCAUGAUAACGAGCCAGGCGAAGGCGGGCCAGCAGGACGAGGUGGAGGUGGCUCGCUGCUCUAGAGGGCAGUAUUUCGGGGAGCUGGCGUUGGUCACCAACAAACCUCGAGCAGCAUCCGUUUACGCCGUGGGAGAGACCAAAUGUUUGGUAAUCGACAUCCAGGCUUUCGAGCGGUUGCUGGGACCCUGCAUGGACAUCAUGAAGAGGAACAUUUCCCAGUAUGAAGAACAGCGGGUGGCGCUUAUGGGCUCCAGUGUGGAUUGAAACACCAACACACGUACUUUGAAAAUGAAGCAGUAUUUAAGUACAUAGUGAUCUUCCCUUGAGUUAAAUGUAACUCAGAUCCUUAUGUUUUAUAUUCUGUGAGAUGUAUUGAACUGUUCCAUUACUGUCAGAGCUUUAAAUAUCGACUUGAAUGCAACAGAACCAGAGAAAUACACUUUUGUAGAUUCUUUCUCGUUCCAAUUCAAGACGUUACCAGUAAAGUACAACUCAACUGCCUACAGUUUGAGUUUUAAGUGUGUUGCAUGAAGCACUUUAUGUAUCCUCAAGCAGAGGUCUGGUGAAUCCACUUAUUUAUAACCACCCUGAUCUUUCUCAAAUUGGUAGUCUGCAGACCCAACUGAUAACUGUACUUGUCUUUCCCAGUUUGAUGUGUGUGUAUAUUUAGACAAUUCCACCAUGUUAGUCAUUGUGCUGAUCAAUAACUGAUGGAUUAUUUGAUAAGCCAAAUGUACUCAUCUUUAUGAAAAACGUUAAGACAGAAUUAAUCAAAGUUGAGUUUUUAUUUGAGUUACAAAAUAUGAAGUGCAAUUAGCAGACUCCACAGGAGAGUUUGCCAACCUUCUUGUUACAAGUAUUUACACCCAGGGAUACCCAUCUAAAUGUCACUCUGUGUUCAAGUCUGUUAAGUUGUCAUGGUUUAAAUAUUUAAAAUAUCUACAAGUCUUAUUGUAGCUUGUUCAAUGCAAAGGCAGGUGCCAAAAAAAUAUAGCCGCUCCAAUUAUGUGAGAAAGAGCAGAGCUGGUGGAAUUAAAGGAGCUGUUAAACGAA